UCUGUCAGCAUCAGCAGAAGCCCCAUCUUCAAACGCAGCCUGAGACCUCGGAACAGAGAAGGUGCCUCUGACUCUUGCAAGCUGCCGGAUCAUCUCCCACAGAGGCCGGCAGCCCGGGCUAGCCCUCUCCUUUCCCAUUCUCCCUUCUUCCUUGACUUUCACUCUUUUUCUUACCCACUAGCUUCUUUCCCCAGGCGGACUUAAGGCCACUCUCCUCCCCCUCCCUUUGGCUGCUCGCCUACUCUGUCUUCUACAUCUCUCUUCUCGCCCACUUCCUUCAGUGUCACGCUCCUUCCUAAUUCUGUGCGUCUACAAAGUUUUGAGCGGAAUUUUAGCCUCGGCAAACAAGUCCCCCCAGCUCCUCCAGCUAAUUCCUGCGGCUUCUCUCCAGACACCAGCGCCAGACAGUGAGUGAUGCCUCUUGGGUUGUGAUUCCAGCCCGGAAACUCGAAGGAGCCCUUUGCCCUCCGUCCUACUUGGCAGCCAACACUCUCAUAGCAGCGAAUGACCAUGUGUAGCGGAGUGAGGCUGGCCUUGCUGGUCUACGGGAUAAUAAUGCAGAGCAGCGUCUCCUGCUCACCUGCCGCCGCUGGACUCCGUUUUCCUGGGAUCAGACCAGAAGAUGAGGCUUACGACCAGGACGGGAACCCGCUGCAGGACUUCUACGACUGGGACCCCCCGGGCGUAGGGAGCCCCGCCUCCGCGCUGCGUGACGCCUACGCCCUCUACUAUCCAGCUGACAGGAGAGAUGUCGCCCACGAGAUCCUUAACGAAGCCUACCGCAAAGUCUUGGACCAGUUGUCCUCCAGGAAGUACCUGCAGUCGGUCGUGACCAGGGGCGUGGGCGAGAAUCCAGGCGGCGGCGUAGCCGACGACCGGGCACCCCUUACCAAGCGCCACUCGGACGGCAUCUUCACCGAUAGCUACAGCCGUUACCGAAAACAAAUGGCUGUCAAGAAAUACUUGGCGGCCGUGCUAGGGAAAAGGUAUAAACAGAGGGUUAAAAACAAAGGACGCCGAAUAGCGUACUUGUAGCGAUGAAUUGCCAGCUACGGUGUGUAUAACAUGAAAAUUCGUUUUCCAAAUUGACUGACCAGUCAUCGCUCAUGUGUUCUUUCCAAACAUGUAUUUAUGUAUGAAGUAAAGCCAUUAAAUGACUAUUUUGAUAAUAAUAUUGUUUUUUCUUUUUACGAAGCACUAGAGAAUGCACAGAUAUACUUUGUGGACCAAUUAUUGAUAUAUAUUAUAAAUAUAUAUUAAGAGUAUAUAUAUAAGUAUAAGAGAGAGCAAUUCUUAAGCGUGCACAAGGAUUGAAAAUUCGCCUGAGCUGUUUAUGUUUUUAUAUAAAAUGAAUAGAAAAAAUAGACAAUCAUUGUUUUGAAUAUUACUCCUAUUUUUGUAAACUGGAAUUAAAGGAUAGUAUUUUUAUCCACAACAGGCCUGAAGAUACCAAAAAUGGCCAUUUGCUACUGUACAAAAAACAAGGAUGCCCUGCUCCAGGGGAAUUCUGAGCUGAUGACUGGGGAAAUUGCUGAAGGGCUUCCUUUCCCUGUGAGUCUCUGGGGCAGGCUGCUUGAACCCCAGCCUAACUCACUCAAGGGGGCUUUGUCCCACUGGCUGCGGGCAAUUCCAACACUUUGGCUUUCUUUGAUUCUCCUUUUAUGUGUAUUUGUCUCUCCUCAGACUCUCAGCCCAGAAGGAAAUUCUAAUUAAACAACAGCUCGAUCCAAAUUGUGCUUCUCCCCAGAAUUUACGUCAUUCCCUGGGAGAAAAGUUGAGGAAUUGUACAGAGAUCGGCUUGGAGAGAAAGCUCUCUUUUCUGUACUUCCUGAUUCUCCAGGGAACCGACUAUCCCAAGGUUAGGGCAAUUGGAACAAAGUGAAAGAAAUAGAGGCGGAUUGGAGGAGGCAGAACGUGGGUGGCAGAGGAAGACUUUGCAGAGGGACUGGUUUGAGAACUGCCCCAGGUCUGAGAAUCUGAGGGCAAGUCCACUCCCUUUGUAGGUUCCACUGCCUGACAAAUUGGGUGCUGGAUAUUGAAAUCGAGUGCAAAGUACAAUGUGUUUUUCUCCAGUGCUGUCCGUGCUUCUCAUUUUGUGAAAUGACCAGGAUCCCCCUCUUGGAAUCCUAUUCUGUAGAAGCCACCCCUGUUCGUUGUGGUUUUUCUGGAGAACUCUCCUUUCUAUCCCUACCCUCCUGUAUUGUUUAAGAAUCAUUUGCCAUUUUCACUUCUCUUAAGUUUGUGAAUGCUACUCAUUUUUUGUUGUUUGAUGCAAGCAGUGACUGUGAAGUUUAGGAACCCCUGUGUAGCUACCAUGAAGUAAUUAUGCACUAAAUAUGAACCUUUUGUUUCUUGUUUAUUGAGUUUGUAGGUAAAAUGUAUUUUUCUACAUUAUGGCUUAUUGCUUAGUAAAAUUGUUUCAUAAAA